AAAAAAACAAGAAAAGAUACACACGAUUACGUGAAUAGAGUAUCACGUUUUCGACCGACGCAAAUAUGGCAGCGUCAGCGCAGGCUAGUCGUGGCCUCACGGCUCUGUUCAAACGAGGGUGGAACGAAAUUCCCGAGGUGGUCGGAUCAUCAGUAAUAGCUGUGAUUGGAGUUGGCCUCAGUUUGGUUGGUUUAACCAAUUACUAUCGUAAAGAUGCGGAUAAUCGUCGUUACAAAUUAACGUACGUAGUGAUGCGCCCCGAUGAUCCUAGAGCCGCACACGUUCGCAAGGAUUAAAAUGCAAAACGCUGAUU